GGCGGAGCUCUGUGCCGUGCGCGGGGUCACGUGCCUGUACGAUUGACGGCGCCGGUCGGUUUCGGGCUGUGACGCACGCAGGGGACGGGAACGGAGAUCUUUGGGGCGAGGCCCUGGCAGAUCAUGUGAUCUUGAAGACGGCCGUUGCUGACACCGCGUCGCAUGCGCAUUAUCACGACCGGUAGUUUCCCGGGAUCGGGCUCCUAGAUGGAUCGGGAGGAGAGAUGUUGGCGGGAAUUUCAAAGGCUUGAUGUGAAACUUGGGAGGAUGGAUUUAUAUAGAAUUGAACCGUCGCAGCUAGAUGAUUUCAUUAAACAAAAUCUGAGGCCGACUAAAUUUUUUGAGGACGUGAAAAACGCAGUGCGUAGAAUAUCUUAUUUAUUAAGGAAUCAAUGUUUUAACAAUCAACCUGAGAUCAAAGUUAUCAGAGCCGUUAAAGGAGGGUCUUCAGGCAAAGGAACAGCUUUAAGGAAUGGUUCAGAUGCAGAUCUUGUUGUCUUCCUCAGCUGUUUCCAGAGUUUUCAGGAGCAGAGAAACACAAGGCAGGAAAUUCUAGAAGAAAUUCAGGAAGUACUGAAAAAGUGUGCAUUGAGCAUUGCCUAUGAGAUCAGUGAUAUCAGCAUAAGUUUCACACAGAACAGCAACAUUCCACCAAAAUCUUUGAGCUUUGCUGUAAAAUCAAGGAAAAAUUCGAGCAGUGUGAAUUUUGAUGUUUUGCCAGCCUUCGAUGUAUUAGAGGGAUCAUACGAUGCAAACGAAGCCCAUCUCAAGCUAAUGGAAUUUGUAAGUGAAUAUGGCGACCCAUGUGGGGAAUUUUCUGCCUGUUUUACUGAGCUUCAGAGGAAGUUUGUGAAGCAACGUGAUGAGAAACUUAAAGACUUGAUUCGCCUGCUAAAACAUUGGUACAAAGAGUAUGUCAAGCCACGGAAAUCUGAGCUGGCUUCUGGUGAGCGUCUGCCUGCUAAGUAUGCAGUGGAGCUGCUGACUAUCUACGCCUGGGAGCAAGGUGGCGGGAGUGAAAGAUUUGUCACUGCUGAACGUUUCCGCACAGUCCUUGAACUGAUCUGCAGCUAUCGAAAUCUGCAUAUUUACUGGACUGACAACUACAAUGUCAACAAUCAAGUCAUUGCAAACUUUCUAGUUAAGAAACUUCGUGGGAGCAGACCAAUAAUUCUUGACCCAGCCGAUCCAGCUAAUAAUGUGGCUUCAUCUGCUGGAUGGCAUGUGAUGGUCAACGAGGCCAGGAAAUGGCUUCAUUCUCUGUGUGUCUCUGGAGUCCAACUGUGGAAGGUCCAGCCAAUGCCACAGUUUAAAAUUGCUGUAUUUAUCCUGGAUGGUCCCUCAUUAGACCUGAUGGCCAAUAUCGACACCAACAUCUCAAUGAUCAAGAAUCAAAUCCAGCGAAACUGGAACAUUCCAAUUCACCAUCAACGCCUGAUGUUCAAUGAAACCAUUCUGAACGAUGGCAAAACCUUAUUGGAUUCUGGAAUAUUCUUUCAA